AUGCUGAGCCCCGCCGGUCGGCCCCGCGCCCGCCGCCGGGAGAUGCUCCUCGUGCUCGCCCUGUGCCUGGCGUGGCAGGAAGCGCCCGCGGCGCCCACCCCCGCGGCGGACGACAUCAGCCGGGGAGUUGACUGGCUGACGAAAUUUGGGUAUCUGCCUCCUCCGGAUCCCGUCACCGGACAGCUGCAGACACAGGAGGAGCUGACCAAAGCCAUCACGGCCAUGCAGCGCUUCGGGGGGCUGGAGGCAACGGGGGUCCUCGAUGAGGCCACGCUGGAGCUGAUGAAGACCCCUCGCUGCUCCCUGCCCGACAUGGCUGGCCCAGCAGCCAGGAGGAAGCGGCACACGCAGGCUGUGACCAAGUGGAACAAGAGGAAUCUGUCCUGGAGAGUUCGCACCUUCCCCAAGGAGUCCCACCUGGGCCACGACACAGUUCGUGCCCUGAUGUACUAUGCCUUGAAAGUCUGGAGUGACAUCACCCCGCUCAACUUCCACGAGGUGGCAGGCAACAACGCCGACAUCCAGAUUGACUUCUCCAAGGCUGAUCACAACGACGGCUAUCCCUUCGACGGGCCUGGAGGCACAGUGGCACACGCUUUCUUCCCUGGAGACCAUCACACAGCAGGGGACACUCAUUUUGAUGAUGAUGAAUACUGGACCUUUCGGUCAUCAGAUGCUCAUGGGAUGGACCUAUUUGCUGUUGCUGUCCACGAGUUUGGCCAUGCCAUUGGCUUGACCCACAUCUCAGCCAUAGAGUCAAUCAUGAGGCCCUAUUACCAAGGUCCAGUGGGGGACCCUCUGAAGUACGACCUUCCUUAUGAGGAUAAAGUCAGAAUCUGGCAGCUCUAUGGAGUCAGAGAAUCUGUGUCCCCAACAGCCAAGCCUGAAGGGACCAAAACUGAGGACCAUCCUCUCCUUCCAGAGCUGCCUGAGAACCGCUCCACCAUCCCGCUGCGGAGGGAUGUGCCCAACAGAUGCAACACACACUUUGAUGCGGUGGCCCAGAUCAGGGGAGAGGCUUUCUUCUUCAAAGGCAAGUACUUCUGGAGACUGACCCGCAAUAAGCACUUGGUCUCCCUCCAGCCGGCCCAGAUCCACCGGUUCUGGCGGGGCUUGCCCCUCAACCUGGACAGCGUGGACGCCGUCUAUGAGAGGACCAGCGACCACAAGAUUGUGUUCUUCAAAGGGGACAGAUACUGGGUGUUCAAGGACAACAACGUGGAGGAAGGAUACCCAAGGCCCAUCUCGGACUUCGGGCUGCCACCGGGAGGGAUCGAUGCCGCCUUCUCCUGGGCCCACAAUGACAAGACUUAUUUCUUUAAGGACAACCUCUGCUGGCGCUACGAUGACCAUGAGAGGAGGAUGGACACCGGGUACCCCUCAGAGACCAUUCCAUGGAAGGGAAUACCGAGCCCUUUAGAUGAUGCUAUGAGAUGGUCAGAUGGUGCAAGCUACUUCUUCAGGGGCAAGGAGUACUGGCGAGUGCUGGACAGCGAGCUGGAGGCAGAGCCUGGCUACCCCCAGUCCAUCGCCAGGGACUGGCUGGUGUGCAGCGACAUGCAGGCGGACGCCCCGGAGGCAGCGGGCAGCAGCAGGAUUGGAGCACGCUCCAAGCCCGGGCAGCACGACCAGAGCCGCUCAGAGAACAGCUAUGAGGUCUGCUCCUGCACCUCGGCCUCCGAGCCGCUGCGGGCCUGCUUUGUGCUCAGACUGCCGGCCGGCCUCACGCUGCUCUGGGCUGCAGCACUGCUGCGUGUGGCCCUAUGACACCUCACCCCGCGGACAGGACAGCGGUGCUCCAGGACGGCGGGUGGAUGCGAUCCCGUGCAGCUGAGUGUUGCAAGCAGAAAAACAUUCCUAGGAACAUGCUGGUGAAGGUUUUGAAUUCUCCAUGAGAAGUGAACAGUGGCUGUUUUUAGUUUGUUUGUUUGUUUUUAAUUUUAGUUAAAGGUCUAACAACAGAUUUCGAGUUCUGCACCUUCUUAUUCCCCCAUCCAGCUGAAGAUGAGAGCAGCCCAGUGUUGCAUUUAGAACUGUUCCAUAGAGAUGUGUAGCUUUGGAUGCCGAACGCUGCAGAGGAGGGAGGGAAGUGCUGCUGUGGUCAAGUGGGGACAGUGCUGGUCAGUAGGACGGGCUGUGCUGCCAUGACAUACACAUCCCAUUGGAUGUACUGGGUAGAAAGAAACUCUGACACCACGAAGACUAACUGCAAGGUGAUUGUUUUGUUGUCCGAUCCGCCAUGGUAACUGAUGUCUGGGUAACCUGUGUCCAUUCUACAGGUCAGAAACAGCUUUGCCUUUCAGAAGGCAACGCAGCUUAUCUUUGUAUCCAAGUCUUUUGAGUUUAACAGUUUCUCUAAUAAACCUUGGCUGCCUACACACAGAGCUCCCAGUCCUCUGCUGGAUCAAGCCUGCCACCUUCAGUAAGGUGCUGGCUGCUCAGGCUUGGGCACAGCCUUACCAACAGGACACCAUGACGUCACCCCAACAGCCUCAUCCCUGCACCGGAAUUCCUCUGCUCUUGGAGCUUCUGCCUCAUGCUGUUUUACAUUUUGGGAGGGAUUGAAAUGGAUGGAUUUGUGUUGCUGUCAUAGCUGGAUGCACCACAGAGGAUGGGCUGUGGGGAGGAGGAAUGCAUGCAGUCAGCCUUAAGCUCCUCCUGGUGCCUCAGCCACGGGUUUGGAGCGACAGAUGUGAGAUCAAGAGCUGCAUUAGGAAGGUCCUUGACUUGGUCUCACUCAUACAGUGAGGCCACAGUGACCGCCUGGGGCAUCCCUUGCUGCACUGGUGCAUCCCUGCCUGCUCAGAUGGCAGCAUCCUCUCAAUGCAGUUCUGGAUCAGGCUCUUUCUGAGGUCCCUUUGGACACAUUCAUCAGCACAGGAGGAGCACACAGUUGCCUCCUGACUCUGGCUGCAGAUAAUAAAUAACAUUUCAGUGGCUUUUAAUGUUCCCCUCGAGAAGAUGAGUACGAAAUAUUGUUAUUGUGACUCAUGGCUGAAUGGACAGGGCACUCGGUAGCUCUGUGCUGAAGGAUGAGCUGUCCCAGUGUGUCUAUGUGCUGCUCAAGCUGAGGGCAGGCAGGGAGGGACAGCCCUGUUCUAUGCCAAGCAAAUGUCUUAUUGAAUGUAUCCUUGGAUUCAGAGUAUAAAGCCAUUGAAAUCCACCCCAAGUGAUGCACAGUCAACCACAGAGCAUGUAACCAUGCGGCGUGGUGAUCACACCAGGCCCACCUUUGUCCCCUGUUGGUCCCUGCUGACAUUGAAAAUAUCCUGCUGAGCCUCCACUGCAAACUGCUAUCUUGCAGCACGCUUGUGAUGCUGCUGGUACCCAACGCAAUGGGACAAAAGCCAACCGGGACGCCCCGCCGUGCUGCCAUACUGCUCUGUGAGCCCUGGGUGCUGAUGUGAGAUGAUCACAUUCCCCGGGAUGAAAAUAACAGCCAGAGAGUCUCCCUGGGAGCCCAUUGGUUCAGCAUGAGGUCGGGCAGCGGGGUCGGUGCUGCCCAAGGGUCACAGCUGGAGGGCCGGGGCAUUGGGAGCAGAUGUCCACAGCACAAAGACACUGUUGUGCCAAGAGCUCUCAGCAGUGGGCUGGGAAGGAACCCAAGGUUUCGGCUGUGCCUGGGCAUCCCUCUGGUGCCGGUGGAGGGCAAGGUGGCAGAAAGGCUCCUCCAGAUCCAGUGGGAUGCAGAGGUACCAAGGCCAAACCUGCUGAGGACCUGACUGGGUCAUCGUGCCGUUGUGCUGGGCAGAGCCACCGUGACAUUUCCCCUCGUGGGGAUGCUGCAGGGGGGGUCAAAGCUACGGUGGUUUUGAUCCAAAAGCGAGCAGGGCGGCGGGGCUAAGCAGCAAGCAGAGGGGCUGCCGGCCUCUGUCCGUGUGUCCAUCCCCACGGGACGGACCCGUGCGGCCGCCGGAGGGCAGCAGAGCCCCGGCACUGCCCGCCCCAACCGGCACAGCGCGGAGCGGAGCGGGGGGGGAGAAGGGGGAAGAAGACAGAGAAAAGAGAAAAAAUAGAAAAAAGAAAAACGAAAACAAAAGGAAAAAGAAAAAAAAAGAUGAAAAAGUAAGGUGGGCAGCAGCGGUUUUCAAAAGCCAAAGCUAUAGCAAUGUCUGAAUUGAAAGUAAAAAUAAUAACAUUAAGAACAAUUCAUCUCAGACAUGACGUGUUCAGCAGCUUGAGAAAAACAGUAAGGCUGCAAGAAGGUUUCCUCUGUCCUCUAAUUCAAAUCACACAUCAGGUGUGUUUGUAACACGGGCUGCUGCCUCCCACAGCCCCGGGGAAGGGAACACUCAGCCCUUAUCCCAGGAGGUUUUGCUAAGACGAGUCAUUUUGAUUGGUUAAAGAUGAAAGUUCUCUCCCCCAGGUUUAACCAGCAAUUGCCCUUGCACAGCUGUGGGCAGGAGAGCAGGUGCUGGGGCUCAGCUCCAUAACUCAGGUGAGCAGCUCAGCUUAAUGCCCUAUAUGAGCAGAUGGGUAGGUGUUUCUAGCAUUUUUCUGCUUUGCUGUAGCUUUUAGUGAUGGUUUUUGCUUCUCAGGUGACUAUGUGGGAGAGGACAAAUCCCAGCCCUGCCUCCAGCCCCACCGCUUUGCUUUUUCCAUCUCCUCUGCCGGGUGCACGUGGUGUAGGACCAGGCUGAACCCAGCAUCAAGCCUGGGGGAUGCCUUGUGCAAGGAGCUUGUCUGGCUCUCUGUGUUCCAGCAGUUCCUGGUAAGCUCAGUGUUGUGGAUCGCUUACUUGCUUUUUGCUGCCAUUUGUGGGUGGGGCAGUUGGCUGGCCCUCAUGGGCUGGUGCAGGCUAGGGAGGAGUAUAGGAUAGCCAAAAGCAGGGAGUACAUGGCAGAGCAGCAUGCUAGGAGAAUACAAUCUUGUGCUAAGAAUAGGAGAGGCUAUUAAAGCUGGAUGGUAUGUGGGGGAUUUCUGUAGGCAUUUGUUGAGGCUGUUAGCUGGGAAGCAGAGUCUUCUGCAAUACAGGUUGGUAUUGCAAGGCCAGGAGCUACAAAGCUACUGCAAGAGCUGCCAGCAUAGCUCCCCAUCCUCCAUGCAAUUUUCUGGUCUUCAGAUGGAAAUAAAGUAAAACUCCUAAACCUCUGGUGAGACUUACAGUCCUGUCAGCAGUGAAAACCUCAACUCAGUGUUACGCUGCCAGCUCUGGUGGGUUUACCCCUCAGUGAUACAGGAGGGAUCUGGGUUUGGUUUUCUGUUGUUGUUUUUUUAUUAAAACAGCUUUGAGCUUGGAUGCACGCCCCCAACGGUCAAAAAAAUGGCCCCCAGACCUGGCAGUUGCUGGAGCAGCAAUCAGCCUGCUCUGAGCAGCUCACAGUGCUUAGCACUUCAUAUGCACCGGGGCUGCUCUGUUACGGUGGGGAUGGAACUUCACAAGCUCUGCAAGGGACUGCAGCAAGAUCUAUGGGUUGUGCUGCUUGGUUUGUGGUGACUUCUCUUUGGGCUCCAUGUGAGGAAACGUGCAUUCUAGGGAGAGGCCUCCUUACCCUGUGUCUGAUGAGCAACCCCAGUUCGCAAGUGGUACAGCUGGAAAGCUCGGGGUCUCGUUUGAGAUCAGUUUCUUGAUGUGUUAAAAAGAAGUUUGGAGGUGGGAGCACCAGCUGUGAUUGCAGAAGCCUGUUUGUAUGCUGAGUUUCAGAAGUGGAAAUGUCCUGUUCAGAUCACCGGCUCAGCUGUAAUGCAGAGAGAGCCAAGCUAGGAAGGCCCUGGCAUGCUUUGCCUGUGGAACAGACCAGGGAACUUAUUAGGGGGCCGCCAGUAACAAUAUUCCCCCUUCCUCUGAACAGUUUGGAGGAAAUGAUGGCUUCUUUGAAUCUGAGGCUGCUUUGGGCAGGGCAACAGGAAAUCAUGGUGUUGGGUGAUAUGUGGGCAUUGUUCUUUACUAAUUGUGUGACUGUUUUGCAUCCUGCAGCUCUGUGCUGGGGUACUCACUGUCCUGCUCCGAGUUGAUGGGCUCUGUACUGCCCACAUUCACAUCACUCGGGGUAGAACUGUAGAAUGGUUUUGCUUGUUUGUGAAGCUGCCAAAUAAUGGGCUAGUUGCGAAGAACUGUGGAGGCUCCACAAAAGCCUGCCUUCUGACAGAGCUCUGGGGAGAGAUUUCCACAGCAGCAGUGGAAGUCUUUGCCAACUUACUUGCAUUGUUGUGCUUCAACUUCUCUGAAAUGUUAUCAUUAUGCUCAACCCAAGCUUGUAACUGCUCUGUUUUUCUGAGCACACAAAAGUAAAGAUGUUUUACAGCAAUUCUCUGCUUUAACUGUCCCUUUUUCCACUGCUGUGUCCAUCUGCUCUUUUUCCCUAUCUGCUUCCAUGGAGCCAUUUGCAGGAAGAUGCCCAUGACAUGAGGUCUGACAGAUGUUUGUGGUGCAGCUUUAAAACCUCUGUCCAGCUGUGGGCAGCAGCUGCUUUCUCAGGCUGUGUUAGAAAUGAGCGUGCAGAAGCUGAAGCAGGAUAGAGCAGCUGAGCAGUGAAUCUCCUUCUCCUGAGGUCCCAAGUAUAUGGGAGAAUUCCUGUUUGCCCUGCCCUCUUUGAGCAAAAUGCAUGCUCAGGUGGGCAGCGUUUUGCAAGGCCGUGCUAAUUCUGCCCAGUGGUGCACGUGCUGGGUGCUUGAUAUGCCUUGUGCUGCAGCACUGAAGCCAUGUCCCAGCACUCUCCUGCUCUGGGACUGCUGCUGGGCCCGCCUUGGAGCUGCCCUGUGCAGGGAGUCAGCCCGGAGCCUGCCCCGAAAUAGCUUUGUUCUGGCAGCCCAGCAGACUGUUAUUCCUAACCUUUGGGUCAAGCAAGGUAGCGGUGACGCAAUGGAAAACCGUGGUCUGCGAGCGCUGUCACUGCGGUGGCUCAUCCAUCAGCUGCACCCUGAUCCAUGCUGGGCUGCCUGUGGGGAAGGGUGACGGCCCCGGUGCUGCUUUGCCACUGAGCAGCAUCUCAUUGAUGGGAUGUAAUGCUUUUCUGCAUGCAGAGAUCUGGUGGCUGUGCACAUCCUGCUGGCACCCGGGUCAGGCCUCCUCACCUCGGGUGCUGCUGUAGGUGUAGGGUCCAUGCUCCUGCCAUGCCCCUCUAUGCAAUUACAGCUUUUAAUUGUAAUUCAAACCUGCUUCCUGCUUGCCUUUCUGUGUUACCAGGGUGAGCAAACAAACACCUGCCAGCAGACUCUGAGGGCCACGUGGCUGCCAGCCUGUCCUUGCUGUGUGUGUGCUCAUGUGCACGCUAUCUCUGGCCUUGUUUGGGCUGGACUGGGCUCUGCAGGUGUGCGCUGAGCUGUUGGGGUGUAACUGUGCUGCUGAUAGCAAAGGGAAAGCACCUUUCUGUUCCUGGCUGUGGCAAGGCCCUGGCCUCACUUGAACUCAGCAUAGAGAAGCAUGGAGUCCUUGGACAAAUGCUGCAGAAUAAUUCAGUAUUGAUGAUUAUCCAUCUUCCUACUGACUUUCUGGAGGUUUGGGUUGCUGUUCCCAGUGCUGCAGCACAGGACCGCUUUGUGCGACUGCAGCACCUGGGUGAGCCCAUCUAUGGGUGCAAUGGUAGAGAUGCUGUUGAGCUUUCUCCUUUGCUUCUUUCCUCUUACAAUCAGGAAUGUAGAGAGGAUUUUCUUACACAGCAGAAUGAAAACUGAAGCACACUAAUUGGUGAACCACACUAAAUUUGGUCGGGGUGAGCAGUAAGGAGAGGGGGG